UUUUGGUCGCGUAAAGAUGACGUCAAAAUACUGCUUCGAGUGUUUCAGUGAUGGCGGGUCUUGGUGACUGUGAGUUCCUAGUGCGAAGAGCACGGGAACUGGUACAAGAAGAUACGUGCGCGGCCAGAGCUUGGCUCAUUACAGCGCGCACACUGUACCCUCAAGACUUUAAUAUUCAGUAUGAAAUGUACAGUAUUGAAAGAAAUGCAGAACAAACUGCAUCUGCUGGCCGGCUGCUAUAUGAUAUGUUUGUGAACUUCCCAGACCAGCCUAUAGUUUGGAGGGAAAUUGGAGUGAUUACAGCUGCUCUCAGGAAUGACUGUCAGGACAAACAGACUCAGUUUUUAAGAGGUUUAUUUGAGGCACUACCUGGUCGGAUUCAAUGUGAUAUGUUGUUGAAAGCUACUGAGCAAUGUUUCAACACAUUGGAGCGGGCAGAGAUGUUGCUGCUUUUGUUGAGGCGUUUCCCAGAGACUGUGGUACAACAUGGGGUAAGCUUGGGUGAGACAUUAUUAGAGGCUGAGAAUAUCGAAGACCAAGAAUCUCCUGUAAACUGCUUUAGAAAGUUGUUUGUCUGUGAUGUUCUGCCUCUUAUUAUAAACAACUUGGAUGUUCGACUGCCAGCCAGCUUAUUAUAUAAAUACCUAAACAAAGCUGCCGAAUUUUAUAUCAAUUAUGUAACCCGAUCUUCUCAAAUGGAGAACCAGCAUCAAGGUGCACAGGAAACAUCUGACCUUUUAUCACCCACGAAACGGAGCACUCAAAAAUACAUUAUUGAAGGCUUGACUGAAAAAUCAUCACAGAUAUUGGACCCUUGGGAAAGGCUUUUUAAAAUCUUGUCGGUUAUAGGUAUGCGUUGCGAAUGGCAGAUGGAUAAAGGAGCAAGGUCUUUUAAUGAUGUUUUUCACCGCGUGAAAGAUCUUUGUAGAUACAUAACGAACUUUGAAAAUGAAGCCCACGCAAAAUAUAAAAAUCAGGUUGUCUACUCAACUACUCUUGUUUUCUUUAAGAACGUGUUUCAAUAUAUCGGCAGCAUUCAACCAUCACUCUUUCAAGGGCCAAACACAACAAAUCAAGUACCUAUUGUUCUUUUGGAAGAUCUGUCAAACAUAUACACUGAGGUUGAACUAACUCCUGGCAAACAUAUUCACAAAAGAAGAAAACUUGCAGAGAGCAGAGAAAAAAACAUGAGCUCAGAUGAUGAGGAUGGCUCUGGCAAAGGCAGAAAUCGCCAUGUUGUUGUUAAUAAGAAUGACCUGGCUAAUCCAAAUGAAGUGCUAGAAUGCUUUAAGAUAGCAAGAGAAUGUUGGGACCUGCUGCAUUCAACAGAAGCAUUGGAAAAAGAAUUUUCCAGAAUUUGCUUGCCAUGGAAGACAGAUGCAUGGCUCUGGUUAAGGAUCUUCCUCACAGACAUGGUUAUUUAUCAGGGGCAACAUAAGAAGGCAAUUGCUAGCCUUCACCAUUUGGCAGCACUUCAGGGUUCACAUUCCCCCUCACAACAGAUCAUGACUCAGGGGACACUGGAACAGCAGAGGGCUAUCAUUCAGCUUGCAUCUUGCCACUUUGCAUUAGGAGAGUACAGGUUGACGUGUGAAAAAGUCUUGGACCUGAUGAACUAUAUUGUGCCUCCUGUACAAGAGUGUACCAGAAUUCAAGAAGAGCCCUCCAAAAUAAAACCUAAAUUCAGGAAAGGUUCUGACUUGAAAUUACUGCCCUGUACAAGUAAAUCUGUUAUGCCUUAUUGUCUUCAGCUUAUGUUGGCAAGUUUGAAGCUCAGAGCAUUUGCAGAUAACCGGGAUGACAUGGCACUGGGUCAUGUUAUUGUGCUACUUCAGCAUGAUUGGCCGAAGGGAGAGAACCUGUUCCUGAAAGCUAUCUCCAAGAUAUGUCAGCAGGGAAAUUUUCAGUAUGAAAACUUUUUCAACUAUAUCACAAAUAUUGACAUGUUAGAGGAGUUUGCAUAUUUAAGGACUCAAGAAGGCGGUAAGGUUCACCUGGAACUCAUCCCAAAUCAAGGAGUUCUUCUAAAGACCUCUAGCAAUACCAUGGGGUUGCUGCAGCAGGAAUUCAUACCUGUCCUACAGGCCAGCAUAGCAACUGCUGACAGACAUCAUACAGUGACACGAGGCAUAACCAAAGGGGUCAAAGAAGAUUUUCGACUUGCCAUGGAACGGCAAGUAUCUCGGUGCACUGAGAAUCUGAUGGUAGUGCUGCAUCGCUUCUGCAUUAAUGAAAAGAUCAUACUGUUGCAGUGUUUAACCUGAUGUCUGUUAGUGAAUUAUCUAUUGGGCGUAUUAUGGACCACAGUGCACCACUGUAAAUACCUAUUUUUUACAAAAUGUUUUUGUAUCUUAUUCAUACAUUAUGUUUGUGUAUCUGUUGAAUAUGAAUUAACUACUGAGUAAAAUUUUCUUUUUGUAACAUAUUCCUUUAGUAUUUUUAGCUGCGAAUAUAAUGAAAUAAGUAUUUCUAUGGUAGUACUUCCUUCUACUUCAUUGUGAUACUUCUGGAAUCACAGGAUUCAGGAUGCUGCAAACAAGAAGGACUUUUUGUAUUGUGCUUGUGCAUUAUAGGUUUAACUUUAUGCUUAAUGACCAACAGUUUGCAUCAGUGUGUAAGCUAAAAAUCCUCAUUCAAUAACUGUGCACAUAUAAAGUAGGUCAUUCUUCACAAAGCUGAAAUAAAAUUAAUUCAAUAUUUA